GGGGCAGACGUUGUGGCGAGUCUUACUCGCUUAAGAAUCAAUGGAAUUUUCCACUCCUUUCUAGAAUUUCUCAAGCGGACGACGCUUAGUGAAGGACGUUUCUUAACGACAACGAAUUUUAAGAAGAACGACUCGCCAAGUCUAUAAGGCCUCUACUCCUAGCUUCCAUUCAACAAAUAAGCUCACAGUCAUCAUGUCUCAGCAGCACAUCAGCCUCCCAGCCAAGCUCAUAAAUGGCGGCAUUGCCGGCAUCGUUGGGGUCACAUGCGUCUUCCCCAUUGACUUGGCAAAGACCAGGUUACAGAACCAGAGGCAAGGUCAGCAGGUCUACAAGAGCAUGAUGGACUGCCUUGUCAAAACAGUUCGAUCAGAGGGCUACUUUGGAAUGUACAGAGGCGCAGCUGUGAAUUUGACUUUGGUGACCCCCGAGAAGGCCAUUAAGUUGGCUGCUAACGACUUCUUCCGCCAACAUUUUGCAAAAACCGGUCAGGGGUUGACUGUGUUCAAAGAGAUGCUGGCUGGUUGUGGUGCAGGCAUGUGUCAAGUCAUUGUCACCACACCCAUGGAGAUGCUCAAGAUACAGUUGCAAGAUGCUGGCCGACUUGCUGCCCAGCAACAAAAACCCAUCAUUGCAUCUCCCACAAAGCUGGUAGCCACCAACACUCUGCUCAGCCGUUCCUACAACUCCUGCACUCUGGUGGCGCCUACCCGGGCCGUAUCUGCUACGCAGAUUGCCAAGGAACUCCUCCAGACGCAAGGCAUCCAGGGCCUCUACAAAGGCCUGGGGGCAACACUGAUGAGGGAUGUUCCUUUUUCCGUCGUCUACUUCCCCUUGUUUGCUAACCUGAACAAGCUGGGCAAACCGAGUGCUGACAAGUCCUCUCCCUUCUACUGGGCCUUCCUCUCAGGCUGCAUUGCAGGUUCUACCGCUGCAGUGGCGGUCAACCCCUGUGACGUGGUGAAGACCAGACUGCAGUCUCUCAGCAAAGGCUCGACUGAGGAGACGUACAGCGGAGUAGUGGACUGCGUGAGUCAAAUAAUACGCAAGGAGGGACCGUCAGCCCUCCUGAAGGGUGCCGGCUGCCGGGCCCUGGUCAUCGCACCGCUGUUUGGAAUCGCACAGGUCAUGUACUUUGUUGGCGUUGGCGAAUACAUACUGGACAACUCUCCUCUCAGUAUGCUGUCGCCAUGAGAGCACGCCCGCCAUGCAGGGACCUUUUGAGAACAAGGAUGGGCCAACUGGCAGCUACGAUCUAUCAGUUUACAUCCCCCCAAAAAAGCGAGGACGGAAAGGUUCCAGGUGUAUGCCGAUAACUGUGUUGCACUUAAACACUUUGACUUAACUCACUCAGCCAUGGCCCACGUUUGCACUUGAUGCUUGUCGUAGCCUUACUGGGUUCACGGGCGCAGAGUGGUAGUGUUACUCCUCUGUGGUUGGUCCUAAAUGUUCUUUUGCCCUCCCUCCAUGAGGGUAGGAGGAGCUGGGAAGCCGCUCAAUCAAAAGAGACUGUCCAGUUUCUUUUCCAGUGCUUUCCAGUUUCAAUAUAUGACUUGCUAUAUUUUGAGUGACUGAAUGCAGUAGUGUGCAGCUAUCUUUGUGUGUUUCUGUUACAGAGGCUUCAUUGAAGCAAAAAUAGCAAGGGCCUUUUUUGUUACUUUCCAUCAAUGCCGACACGGGACCACGCUGUCGUCGCAUCACUGUGAAUCCUACGUCCCUUCAGAGACGCAUCCAUGCACAUGUUUAUUAAUAUGUGUAAUGUCCACAUAGUCAAUCAAGUCUAUUUGCAUAUGCAUCUUAACACAUUUCAGUCAUCCCGGCGUGAUGCCUUUUGAGUGAAAUAUGACUUGUUACACUGGUUUUUUUUUUGUAUUGUGUAUGAAUAUAUACAUAAAAAUGCAAUGUACUGUACUGUUUUGGUAUUAGUGCAUUUAUUGAAACUUGAAA